UUACGCUACUUAGUGCCACUGCAGACCUAAUUAAAACAGAUUCUCGGACCAUUUCGUCUCCAAUUCCAGAGGACAGAAGUCACCAUGAGUUUCCUCAACUCUGCCCCGAUGUUGACAUCAGUAGGCCUACUUAUUCUGCUUUUGUUGGAUACCGUGUGUGGUUUGAAUCAUUCAUCAAUCGAAGACAUCCUGGAUCGUUUGUUUGUACAAAACAAGUACAACAGUCAUUUGAGACCAAGCGCCAACAUGGACAAGGAACUUUCUGAUAAGACAACAUUCGUUUCCAUCGGUUUCUACGUUCAGAGUUUGGGUAGUAUAAGUGAGGUCAACAUGGAGUACACUCUGGACGUGUAUUUUCGACAGUCCUGGAAUGACCCUCGGCUACAGUUUAACGACACUGAUAAACACAUCAACACGGGGCCGAACUACGUCAGUAAACUGUGGAUACCCGACCUGUACUUUAUGAACAGCAAGAAGGAGACGUUUCACACGGUUACUGCCCCUAACGCGCUACUCCGAAUCUUCCCCAAUGGCGACGUCUUCUACAGUCAACGGCUAAGCCUGGUCGUAGACUGCAACAUGCACCUGCAAUAUUUCCCCAUGGAUGAACAAACGUGUGACCUCAAGACUAUGACCUAUGGCUACGUAAGUAAGGACCUGACCCUGAAGUGGAUGACAGAAGAUUCAUUAACAAUCAACGAGAAAAAUCAGCUGCCUGAGUUCCAGGUGAUGAAAACUGAUACAGCGGAUUGUACACAGACAUUCAUCACAGGAAAUUACAGCUGUUUGAAGGCCAUAUUCCACAUCUCGCGCAGGAUCGAAGUUUACCUCGUGCAAACAUACUUACCUUCAGUCCUCAUUGUGGUCCUUUCCUGGGUUAACUUUUGGAUCGAUCAUCGCGCGACCCCUGCACGUGUCUCCUUGGGAUUACUCUGUGUGCUCACCAUGACAACCCAGAGUACCGGUGUCCAAGCCAAACUACCCAGAGUGUCCUACAUCAAGGCAAUGGAUGUUUGGUUGUAUGUCUGUUUGGUUUUUGUGUUUGGAGCUCUUCUGGAGUAUGCUUUGGUGAAUGUGCAGUCCCGGAAGCAAGAAGAUAAUUCCAAGAAGAAAUACCAGGUCCAGAAUGGUAAUUCAGUCAACAAAGAAAAUGGGGGAGUUGAGACUGUGAUCGUGGAUAUGAAUUUGCCCAAAUUGUCAUGUUCGGAACAAUGGUUGAGUGCUGAACGAGUCGACUCAGCCUCACGAGUUCUCUUUCCGUCAGCAUUUGCAAUAUUUAAUCUCAUUUACUGGUUACAUUAUCAGCUUCCUCAGUCAUGAUGAAUUUAAUUAUCAAGAUGGGAAUAAAUGCACCUAAUGCAACAUGAACUCUGGCAGACGAGAAAUACCAGCUCGGAGAUGACUUUGUGCCGCGGAUUCCCGCCUCCGUCUGUCACAUGGAAGAAACCACCAAAAUGAGUCAAACAUCAUAAUCCACACCAUGGUGCCACCUGCAGGGAUAUAAAACAGCAGUAUACGGAAUACAUUCCAUGGUUUAUGUUUGUUUUAUGCAAUCAGUGUUCUCAUUCUCAUAAAUGCGCAGAUGAAAACAUUUGCCUCCGAAUGGAACAGUGCUAUAGUAUAUGUUUGACUUGAUAUUGAUAUUGCCACAUAGAUAUUAUAGGCUUGUGACACACUGUAUACAUUUCUGAAUAUCUGAAAAGAUACCUAUGGAGCUAACGAAUAGAGUCUCAGGCAGCAAUGUAUAAAAUGUCAUGACGCGUUACAGGCGUGGCAAUUAUUACCCUCGAUUCUGAUACAAGGAAUGUGACAUUCCUGUAUUUUCCUGAUAAAUAAUCAACUUUGCUUUCAGACGAGCCAUCAUUCGAAGCAAAUAAAUAUAAGGGGCUCUGGGCUGAGAAUUCGUUUUUAGACAGUUUUUAGACAGUAAUUACUAAGGAACAGUAAGUUACCUUUUCCCGUGCAAUGGCGACACGAGGCCCAAGCCGGAUUGGCCAUGCUUCUCUUGUGUUGUAUGAGUAUUACGUAACCAGUCGCUCCACGCAUCGUCAUUGCAAAGGCAGGAGUGAGCAAUAACAUGGCUCAGUCCUGUGAUUUUAGGCGGGAAAGGCUGUCAUUGCUUUGCAAAUGACUGGCAAUUACUCCUUAUUAACGUUCAUUGAAUAUUAACGUAGUUGGUAACGUACAUUGUCAGAAGUUCAUAAGUUAAUGGGUUUCUAUUAUUUAUAUUAGAAGUACCUAUGCUAUAUAACUUUGAUAUUUUCCGUGAUUUAACCCCACGUGCCAUCCAACACGAAUAGGAUAAGAAAGAGUCUAGUCAAACAUCCCACAACCAAUUUCGGCAAGAAUAUUAACGUCAGUUUCUAUACAGUGAUGCCAGGAACGUAUAAUCGAUCAGCCACAAACCGAAUGCUAGCCCAAAUCCUCUGUUUAAGACUGAUCGUUUUUUUUAUAGAUGAAUAGUUAAUAAUCCAUCAUAAUCCAUAAUCCAUCUGUUUCAUCUGCUAUGUUAGUCAUGUUAUUCUUGGGGGAGACGUUUUUAUAGCACAGCGUUUCAUGAUCUUUAUGCUCAUUGACAUGGCUUAUCAUUGCUGUUAUAUUUUAUAUUUUAUUUACUUUUGUAUUUAAUAAACACAAAAAUCAUUAUAUU